CAUGCGUAACCAUGUCAUGGUAUAUCUUUAUGGGUGUGGGCAUGAAUGCAGCCAAGGCAUGCCGGGCAGAUCACACCAAUGCAAGCAACCGAGCAGUAGACCUUGGCAGGUAAGGUAGGAGGGAACUGGCAAUGCUGUCAUGAUCUGGCUUCUCCCCCUUCUGAGCUCCCCUUGCCCCUCUCUCUUCUCUGCCACUGCUGUCCGGGAUCCCGCUAGGCUCCCAUGUUCCUGAUCUCACCCGUGCGCUUCUUGUGAUGUUGCCAAGCUACUCAGCAACAAGUCUCUGCUCGAUCAAAUGCUCUACCAGGCAGAGAACCUGAAUUCCUUACACUGCGCGAUUUCAAGAUGGGAAUGAGAAUCUUGCAGUACGAUCGAAGCAAACAAGGGGAAAGCAGAAUGGGGCUAGCGUACACCCUUGAAGUUUGCCUUCCAACUACUUGGCGAAGGUUGCGCGCUACCCGUGGUAGGUGCGAGACUCCCAGUAUGAUGCUAAGUUGGCACUUUACGCCCAUACCGGUCGCGUAAACGUACAGUUACGUGUACGUUUACGUUUACGUUUGUUUACGCGUAAGUUUACGUAAAGUCGUACAGGCAGGGCUAAAAAAAACGCGGAAAAAAAAUUGCGAAUUGGAAGCUACGCAGCCCGUAUUAGGUGUGAAAGGCGGUUGCGACGUGGUGUAUUUCCCGGGACUGGGUCUAGAAGGAUUCCGCAAGCUCGGAGAUGUUUAGCCGCCGAAACGCCAAGCGACCAAUCAGUAGCACUGUCGUGUCCAGCGACGGAUGUCUCAAACUCUGAGGUGGCGGAUUAGGAGCAAAAUCGUCAAGCGUUAGAGAGUAAUAGUGAUUUCGCUCCAGGAAUACCAAGGGACGUGGGCGCUGGAUCCAUGGCAGGCAGGGGGGAGGGGGAUUGGGUAUAAUCUACUUCGAUUAGGCUAUGUGGAUUGGCUUAGGUACUAAGUCGUGCUAGGUUUCCGAAGACGGGGAGAUCUGUUGGUAUUUGGGGAGACGAGGAUGUCAGAUGCCGUUCAUAGGAAGCUCCGCGGGGUGCGUUGCGAAACUUGCUUCCUGACGAGUUGGAGCUUCGCCACACUUGCGGCGAGUUGGAAAUUGGAAUGUUCACUGGAAUGAGGGCGCGUUCCUACCGGGUGUCAAAAGCGCGUGUCAGGGAACCUCGUGUCAAAUCCUGCCACUGAGAUCUGACACGAGGUGUAAAAAAUUUCGGGCAGGGUGGAAAACUUUCUAACAGACCGUAAACGUAAAGCCUUUUUGGGCCCACGUACGUAAACGUAACUUUACUACGUAAACUACCGUAAACGUAAACCAACGUAAACGUAAGGUGCCAACUUAUGUAUGAUGGGUGACUAACCCCUGAGCUCGUCCGGGCUGAUGUCACGGUGACUCCGUCCACCUCAGAUCUUCCAAUGCUUGGGUCCACCUCGGGUUUCUCUCCCUCCCUCGGUCACUCCCACUGUCUAUCGGAUCGGAUCCCGCAAUAAACUCCAGUUCCCUUUUGUGUUCCCCAUAUCUCCUUUGUGCUCCAGUUCCCCAUAUCUCCUUUAUUACCAAAUGUCAUUGGCAUCCCUGCUGCUGUGAUAGCUACCCUGACUAUUGUCGUGCGAGCUAACGCGACAAUGCUGACCCACACAAUACCCCCUCCUCUCGUCACUGUUCUUUUUGUCGGCUCAAAGAGUCCACUGAUAUUCGUCACGUCCCUGUCCCUCCCAGCAUGCCGGACAGCAGCGGAGGCAACUCGAUUGCACGUUUCUGCUCUGGUAUGCCACCUCCCGGCAUCAGGCAGGGGUGUCGUCGUUGUUUUGAGGCAACUGAUUGCCUGCCCUCCAGGGAUCUGCCAGCCUUGCAAGCGAUGGCCAGGGACUACCUAGCCAUCCCCGCCACCUCUGCGGCUAGCGAGCGGAUGUUCUCGCAGGGCCGCAACCUCAUCACAUGGCAGCGGCAUCGCCUUGGUGCAGAGCGGGUGCGCGCAUGCAUGACCCUCAAGUCAUGGAUCGCGACGCACCCGGGGGAAAGGCUUGGUGGUUUGGCAGCGCAAGCGCUGACGGAGUUGGGAUUGGAGCUCGAGGAGGGAAUAUGAACGGGGACAGCUCGCUCAUUGUGCUUUGACAUCUAUUGCCCGUGUGACUUGAUCUAUUUAUUUGCAUGCUUAUGGUGGUAGGUCGUGAUGGACCUAGCAAAAAGCUGUAUGGCCAUCCAUCCAGCCAUGAUGGCACGGUGAGGCAAGGGUGGGCAGUUGUGGUUGGUUGUGGUUUUGUCACGGGCAGCGCUGAACUUGGCAAUGGCAUGAGAUGUGCGGGGCGUGUCACCAUGUUUAGACAAGUUGGCUGCUUUUGGUGUGUGCGGGUGGACAAAGCAAUAAGCUUAUUGGCCAUCGGCAUUGUAGUCAUAAUAGAGGGAGGGUUGCGAUUUCAUUCCACCUAGGCGAAGCACAUAUCAACGGCAGUGGUAUGGAUUGAGUGUAAUCAAUUACACUCAGCAGGUGGGUAACUAAAGAGCCCUGACCCAUAGCAUGGCAGGGAAAUGUUGCCUUUUAAUACGUCGGUGAGGAGUGGAAGUGAGCUUUCCAAGAAACCAGGAUAAGGCUCAUUCUUCCCUGCACAUGUUCCCAUUACCCCUUCCCCCCUUAACCCCCCAGCCGCCCAGGUCAAGGAAUCCUCGCCCCGGGUCAAGGAAUCAAUCCUCGAGGCGAGGAAUUCAAUCCUCGACCCCAAAACCCGGGGGUCGAGGGGGGAUUUUCAAGAAAAAUCCUCGGCGAGGAUUCCUCGACCCGCCCCGGCUAGGGCGCGAGGAUGAGAUCCUCGGGUCAAGGAAUCCUCGCCUCGCCCCGUGCUCAUGCCUCCAGGCGUCAGGUCUCCGUAUCUAGACGCACCAACCUAAUUACGUACCUAGUUACAUACCCAGUUACUACCCACAGGGCUAUACCAAGGUAUCAGAGGAGGCAAGUUGCUUUGAAGGAACUAGUUACGCCGUGCUCGUGCCCACCUGGCCCUCCUGUCCAUCCCACUGCCAUGGAAUGGCAGCAGCACCCCCUGCUUGAGUCGAGAAGUGUCACUCUAUGCUUGAGACCAUGAUCA